GACCGGGAAUGGGUGUAUGUGAGGGGGGAGCUGAGUUAAGUACCUCCCAGGCCUCUUUGAGACCCUCUGCUUUUUCCGUCACGGUCACCGGCUUCGAGCACCAAUAUUUUCAGUCCAGAUGAAACCUACUUUUAGUAGCAAUUACAGUAUAUUCGACCUUGGGUUAAGCGUGUGCUGGCACCGUUCCAGUGUGAAGCAACUGGACAUCCGGAAAGUGAUAGUGAGCGUGGUCACGGGCGCGGGAGCCAUCUACCUCUGCUACAAGGCCAUCAAGACUGGCUUACGAUGUCAGCCUCCCUUCUUCUCCAACUCUCCCGUCUGCAUUGCCCGCUUGGCCGUGGAGCGAGAGCGGCUCGGGCGGGACUCGGGCGAGCUCCGGAAGCUCCUCAACUCCUUGGAGUGCAACCACGACGAGUUCACCAAGAGCAUGAUCCUGCACAGCAUCACCCGCUGUGUGUACCUGCUGGAGGCUGAGGCUGCCUCUUGUUCUAAUGAUGACAUCAGACUGGUGGGCUGCAUGCUGGAUGACAAGGACAACUGUGUCAAAAUCCAGGCUCUGAAUGCACUUAAGGCUUUCUCGGGCAUCAGGAAAUUCAGGGUUAAGAUCCAGGAACAUUUCAUCAAGAUACUAGAACUGAUUUCUACUAUCUGGGACUCAGAGUUACACGUCUCAGGCCUCAGACUCCUCAACAACGUCCCAGUGCCCGAGUUUGUUCAUCCACAACUCCGACGGGUGAUGCCUGCCUUGAUGGAGAUCGUGCAGUCAGACUAUACCACGGCCCAGAUACAAGCCAUCCAUCUGCUGACUUUGCUGGCGCAGAAGGAAGACCUUCUCUAUGAUAUUCUCAACUGCCAGGUGCACCCCACCUUCCUGAACCUUUUUCAGUGCUGUCGCCCCGCGAAUCUGUUAUAUGAGAUCCUGGUGUUUGCCGAGCGGCUGAGCGAGGGCCGGAAUUCCCCUCACUACCGAGCUGUCAAGUGGCACUACAACGAACAGUCUCUGCACGAAGCGCUCUUUGGGGCUAACUCACGCCUGGCCGACCGACUACUCGCCCUGGUCAUCCACCCAGAGGAGGAUGUUCAGAUCCAGGCUUGCAAGGUCAUAGUCAGCCUGCAGUGCCCCCCGGAUCUGGGGCACCGAUCUCCCCGUCAGCCCUCCUGUCAGCUCAGUAAUUCUCUCUUUGCUAACGGAGAAUAGC